AUGGCUUCCACAACAUACAGCCCUCGGGUCCGCUCCGGGUCGCAGACCUCGAUAGGCACACCCAUCUUGGCCGCUCAGAAUGCUCUACUGAGGCGUGCCCGUACCCACCAAUAUCCAACAAGCCAGCCUACCAUCCAGCCAACCUCGGCGCCAUCUUCAUAUCCAGCAUCUUAUACAGCUCCUGCAAUGUUCCCCAACGACUCGCCACUUUUGUCUCCGGAAGCCGGGGGGUUCACCAUCAGCAGCUCUGCCAAUGCCUCGCCGGACUACCACCGAGGACGGGAUAUCGAGCAGUUUCCCAUCCCGCCACCUUUUUCUCUGGGAGAGGCAUUGCUGUCGCGGAAACCAAGCGCCAAUUCUCUCACGCAUCCCAGUACUGCUCCGCCUAGUGCAAUGGCCAGCGUUUUGGCCGAAAAGAACGACGUCGGCGGCAAGGGUCUCAUGAGGCGACUCUCGAACCGCGCUCAUCGGCUAGCCAGGCCGCGGCGCACAUCGUCGGUGGCGCCGAGAAGUCGAGAUGGAAGUGUUGGGCCAGGGAUCAUGCGACGUCGUAGCGACAGUACCAACACGGCACCGCCAAUGGAUCCCUUCACCUUCGGCAUCGACUCUGACGAUGAGUUUGCAGAUGAGCGCCUCGACCUUACCUCACCCCCGUCUGUCUUUGGUGGCGAGAGCAUGAUCCGCGAUUUAUCGUCCGGCAGCACCGCAGCAUCCAUGUCAGGUUCCGGCCCCUUCUUCGACACGCCGCAGGCACCCAUCAUACCUCUUGCCCUGAUCAAGGGUACGGAGAUGAGCAAGGUUUCGAAGAAGAACAAGCUCAACAGGCUCAAGCGCGUCGUGCUGACACUGGAAUCAGAGACUGGUAAACUCAUUUGGACAGCCAAGAACAAGCAAAAGUGUCUCUACAUCGAUAACAUCAAGGAGAUCAGGACGCGGUCAGACAUCCGGCAGACACGCCUUGACCAUGGCAUUGCCGAGAUAGAAGAAGGCCGAUUCUUCAGCAUAUUCUACGCGUCAGCGGAAAAGUCGCGGGCCAAGGUCAUGCAUCUCAUCGCGGACGACGAAGAGACAUUCACGCACUGGGUCACCUCGCUAGACUCGGUCUCCAAGCACCGUGAAGUUCAGAUGGCUUCUUUGAUGGCGUUCAAUGAUGGCGCCGUCUUCAACUUCUGGCAAAACGAAAUGCUGAAGCAUUUCGAAGGCAGAAAUCACACGGCAGAAGAAGAGGUGAUGGACUUUUCCGCCGUCCAGAGAGCCUGCCGGAAUCUACACAUUCACAUACCACUCAAAGACUUGAAAACCAAGUUUAUAAUCGCAGACAGCAACCAGACAGGAAAGCUCGACUACGCCCAGUUCAGAGUGCUUGUGAGCGAGAUGAAACGCCGCGGCGACAUCCGAAAGAUCUACCUGUCGAUCGCAGCUGAUCCGGAGCGAGGCAUCACCUGGCCGGAGUUUGCCGCGUUUCUCCACGAAGAGCAAGAUGAAGAAGUUGCGGCGAAUGCAGAUCUUUGGGAGUCGAGAUUCAACCACUACGCGCGCCGUUAUCGAAACCGUACCCUGGAGCCCGCCACACCUGACAUGAGGGCACUUAGGCUCACAGAGCAGGGGCUUUCCGCCUAUCUCACCUCGAAGGACAACUGCACGCUCACCGCGGCUCCCGCGACAUACUCUUUCGACCGUCCAAUCAAUGAGUACUUUAUAUCCAGCUCACACAACACGUAUCUUGUGGGGCGGCAAGUCGCCGAUGACUCGUCCCUCGAGGGCUACAUCACGACACUCGUCCGUGGCUGUCGUAGUGUCGAGGUUGACUGUUGGGACGGAUCUGACGGUCAGCCAACCGUCAAGCAUGGAUGGGCCCUAACCAAUCCCAUAUCAUUCCGCGAAGUCAUGUUCACAAUCAACAAAUACGCAUUUACUGCCAGCCCGUUUCCCCUGUGGAUUUCCCUCGAGGUGCACUGUAACAAAGAGCAACAAGAGAUCAUGGCCGAGACGAUCAAGGAGAUCUUUGGGGUACGCCUCGUGACAGCACCCCUCGACCCUGCCUCGGAUAAGCUCCCGACGCCGUCAGAGCUCAUGGGCCGUGUCCUCAUCAAAGUCAAGCAGACCGCCGAGAAGUAUGGCGGACCUAGCAAUGCCGAACCGACAGGCCGUCGUCGUGGCAACAGCCUGACAUCGCCCUUUGCCAAGCCGGUGGCUCUGGACAACAGCAGUAUCCCUAUUCAGAAGCUGGGCUCUAGUCCCUUGCUUGGCCCAAGCCAGACCGCUCGCAGAACCAUGGCUAAACGUGUAGACACUAUCAACGAGGGGGAGGUCCACGAUACGGUCAGCAGCAGCACCAGUGAAGGCGAGAGCGACGAUGACCGCCAACGCCAGAAGCAGAAGACGAGCAAAAUCGUCAAGUCUCUCGGCGAGCUUGGCGUCUACUGCUCCGGGGUCAAGUUUCAGGGGUUCGAGUCUGAGAACUGCAAGAAGGCGAAUCACAUCCUGUCCUUUAUGGAAGGCACAUUCCGCAAGCACACCAAGGCUACCGAAUCCAAGGCCGCCCUCCAGCGGCACAACAUGCGCUUCAUGAUGCGUGUUUACCCACAAUUCAACCGAGUUUCGUCCAACAACUUCAACCCUUUGAUGUACUGGAGGAAAGGCGUCCAGAUGGCGGCUCUGAACUGGCAGACGUUUGACCGCGGCAUGCAGUUGAACCAAGCCAUGUUCGAUGGGGGCACGGAUCAGUCCGGCUACGUGUUGAAGCCCUCGCCGAUGAGAGAAUUCCGCAUCCUCCACAGCCCCUUGCCACCGGAUGCUGUCGGCAAGCUUGAGCGUGCCAACAUGACUUUUACCAUCAGUGUCAUCUCAGCCCAGCAGCUAAUGCGACCUGCUUCACUGCCUCAGAACCGCACGAUGGAUCCAUAUGUCGAGGUCGAGAUCUUCCAUGCCAAUGACAAGCGCGACAAGCAUGACAGUAUGGCGGGUAUCCCGAUUUUGACCGACACCCCCCUCAAAGUCCAUACCCCUGUUGUGUGUGGCAAUGGCUUCAAUCCCACCUUUGACACAGACUUCCCGUUCAACAUCACUACUAAAUAUCCGGAACUGGUUUUCAUCAAGUGGAGCGUGAAGCUCUCUGGUGACGGAGAGACGGUCCAUGACCGAAACAUCACCCUUGGCACCUAUACCGCAAAACUGAGUAACCUCAAACGAGGCUACCGAACUCUGCCGUUGCUAGACUCGAACGGCGACCAGUUCCUCUUUUCGACACUCUUUUGCGGGAUCAAAGUUGACCCGGCCACGAGUGUCUACGUCAACCGUGAGGUGCAGGCUGCACCCGUGGGCAAGUUCAAACAUGUGCGAACCGUCUUCAGCCGAGCAGCAGCUACAAACAAGAGCGUCAUCGACAAAGCAAGCUUUGAAAAGGGCAGCUUUGAAAAGCAACAAGUCGAACGAACGACAUACGAGGGCACCUGA